CGUUACUUGUCAGGAAGAGCGAGCGAACAGAGGAGCGCUGUGUGUACGCUAAAGCUGUCUAACCUAAACGACUACCGUGGACUUUACCUAACAUUUGUUUCCUUCUGAAUACGGAAUAUUUUUUUCUUCGGAAUUUUUGGAAUCAAAUUGACGACAAGAAUCACUUGAAGCCUUCCAGUGAGGAGCGCCAACUUGAUCGAAGCCUCAAAUGUACUAAGCGAAACGGAAGUAACUUGCCAGCUGUCUGGCGAAGAUUGCUAGCAUCUGAAUGCCAUCUCUGUGGGUGAUGGAGUUGAGCAGGCAACUCUGUUUGAAAAUGAGGAGAAACAGGAGGGCCCAACUCUCCUCCUCUCCUGCUUCCUCGUGGGGCCUGGAGAUCCACUUUUACAUACCGGAGAUGCACCAGCUGGAGUACUUUAAAGGCUGCUACACUGCUGAGGAGCUCUGUGUUGAUGCUGCCAAGAAAUGCUCAAUUUCUCCCUUGUGCCAUAACCUCUUUGCCCUGUACAAUGAGACAACUGACACUUGGUAUCCCCCCAACUAUGAGUUCAAGAUCACAGAAGAAACCAGUACCAAGCUGCACUAUCGCAUGAGGUUUUAUUUCAGAAACUGGCAUGGCACCACUGAAGGAGAGUCCCCAGUUUGGAGACACUGCAUCAGUAAACUUAGAGGAGGACACAGCCCACAGAAAACACCAGAGGGAACACCCCUACUAGAUUCUGCUUCCCUAGAUUACCUGUUUGCCCAGGGCCAGCAUGACUUUCAGACAGGCAUGGUUCCACUGAGGAUGUCCCAGUCAGAGGCAGAGCAACACGAGAUAGAAAAUGAGUGUCUGGGCAUGGCUGUACUUGCGAUCACUCAUUUUGCCAUGGAUGUGGAGAUGCCCCUAUCCACUGCUUCACGUGAAAUCAGCUACAAGCGUUUCAUCCCAGAGUCGCUGAACCGCAACAUUAAGCAGCGGAACAUUUUGACUCGCAUCCGCAUCAACAAUGUGUUCAAGAAAUUCCUCAGUGAAUUCAACAGCCGCACAGUCCAGGACAGCAACAUAACACCGUACGACCUGAAGAUCAAGUACUUGGCCACACUGGAGGGCUUGACCAACAGCCUGGGCAGCGAAAUUCUUGAGCCGGUCUCACUCAGUAUAAUGCAGGAGGGGGAGCUCUGCAAUGGAGGUUACUUUGGGUACUACAACCAGAGCCAAGAGCAGGGCCAGACUCAGAACAUGGAGACAAGCCAUGACAUGCAGGUCCUGGUUACUGGUACCACUGGCAUUUCCUGGAGGAAGAAACCCGCUAUGACACCUGUGAUCUCCAAAGAAAAGGGAAAGUCAAAGAAGAACAAGCAGGAUGGAAAACUGAAAAAUGACAGAAAUAAAGAGGCAAACGAAGGCUGGGUGCUGCUCUGUGACUUCCAUGAGAUCACACACGUUGUUGUCAGAGAGGCAACAGUCACCAUCCUUACACAGGACAACAAGAAGAUGGAGAUGCAAAUGAGUUCUCGGGCUCAGGCUCUGUCUUUUGCAGCCCUUGUGGACGGGUACUUCAGGCUGACAGUCGAUGCCCACCACUACCUGUGCAAGGAGGUAGCCCCAGCUUCAGUGGUGCGCAACACCAACAACGGUUGCCACGGACCCAUCUGUACGGAGUACGCCAUCCAGAAGCUGCGUCAGGAGGGUAAUGAGGAGGGUGCCUACAUCCUACGCUGGAGCUGUACUGAUUACCAGUACAUCAUCAUCACUGUGGUCUGCAAUGAGAUCUUGACAGACUUGAGGGAUUCUCGUCCUGUGCGCCAGUAUAAGAACUUCCAGAUUGAGGUUACCUCCGAUGCGUUCCGUCUGCACGGCACAGACACUUCGCGGUCUACUCUCAGGGAGCUGCUGGGGCAUCUGGAGGGCCAAAAUCUCCGUACCGACAACCUCCAGUUCCAACUGCUCCGCUGCUGCCCCCCACAGCCAAGAGAAAUUUCUAACCUGCUGGUGGUCACUAAGGAUAGAGCACCAGUCCCUCAGACACCUAUGCAGGACAGCCAACUUAGCUUCCACCGCAUUCUCAAGGAGGAGAUUGAACAGGAGGAGCACCUCGGCCUGGGAACUAAAACCAACAUCUACAAAGGCACACUGAGGGUGAAGAGUGAGGAAGACGAGGAUGCAGGUUACUCGUCCUUCCAGGAAGUCAAAGUUGUCCUGAAAGUGCUGGGUUCUGGACACAGGGACAUCUCCUUGGCCUUCUUUGAAACAGCCAGUAUGAUGCGACAAGUGUCCCAUAAACACAUCGUUCUCCUCUAUGGAGUGUGUGUCCGCCACCUGGAGAAUAUCAUGGUGGAGGAGUUUGUCCAACCAGGACCACUGGACUUGUUUAUGAGGAGACAGCAGAGUCCACUCAGCACACCAUGGAAGUUCCAGGUGGCCAAACAGCUGGCCUCAGCUCUCAGCUACUUGGAGGACAAAAAGCUGAUCCAUGGCUUUGUGUGUGCUAAAAACGUCCUGCUCGCCAGGGAUGGACUGGGUGCAGAUGAAGGAGGGCCCUUCAUCAAGCUCAGCGACCGAGGAAUACCAAUCACAGUACUCACCAGGGAGGAGUGUGUGCAUCGUAUCCCAUGGAUUGCUCCAGAAUGUGUGAAGAGUGUGUCCGCUCUGAGCGUCGCAGCUGACAAAUGGGGAUUUGGUACCACCCUGUGGGAGAUCUGCUAUGAUGGAGAGACUCCCCUCAAAGACAAGAAACUCACAGAGAAGGAGAGGUUUUAUGAAACCGAGUGCCAACUGGUCACGCCAGACUGCAAAGAGCUUGCUGAACUCAUGACCCACUGCAUGAACUAUGACCCCAAGAAGAGACCUUUCUUCAGAGCUAUCGUCAGAGACAUAGACAUGCUAGAAGAAACAAACCCAUCUAUCAAACCCCAGCCUACAACAGAGGUGGACCCAACUGUGUUUGAAAAGAGAUUCCUGAGGAAGAUCAGAGAACUGGGAGAGGGUCACUUUGGUAAGGUGGAGUUGUGCCGCUAUGAUCCACGGGGAGACAGAACAGGCGAGCUGGUGGCAGUGAAGUCGCUUAAGCCUGAGAACCAGGAGGAACAGAGCAGCAACCUCUCCAGUGAGAUUGACAUCUUGAAGGAACUCUACCAUGAGAAUAUUGUCAAAUACAAGGGUAUCUGUCAAGAGGAAGGUGGUCAGGCUAUUAAGCUGAUCAUGGAGUACCUUCCAAUGGGCAGUUUGAAGGAGUAUCUACCCAGAAACAAAAGCAAGACCGACCUCAGCACCCUUCUCAGCUACUCUGUUCAGAUAUGCAGGGGGAUGGACUAUUUGGGAUCUCGACAUUACAUCCACCGGGACCUGGCUGCCCGAAAUGUGCUAGUGGAGAAUGAGAGGACAGUGAAGAUUGGAGACUUCGGUCUCACCAAGACCAUCAAGGAUAAUGAGGGAUAUUACACUGUCAAGGACGACCACGACAGCCCUGUUUUCUGGUAUGCUCCAGAAUGUCUGACUCUGUGUAAGUUUUACCUUGCUUCAGACGUUUGGUCCUUUGGGGUGACAAUGUACGAACUCAUCACCUACUGCGACUCCUCCAAGAGCCCAAUGGCGCGCUAUCUCGAUAUGAUUGGUCGAACUCAAGGUCAGAUGACAGUCAUCCGAUUGGUGAAGGUGUUGCAAGAUGGAAGGAGGUUGCCACGCCCUGAGGGCUGUUCUGAGCAUGUGUACGAGCUGAUGCGCAGAUGCUGGGAGCAGGCGCCUGAGAGGAGAAUCACCUUCAAGCGUCUGAUCGAGGAGCUGACCACCAUGCAGCAGCAGCUCCAAUCCAUAAACAACAUUUAAACCUCCCAUUAUAUGAGGUUCUGGGAGAGAAGCUGACUUUGCCUGCCGACUUCGGACCAGACGCAAACGGCAAAACUGGCCCCAGAUCAGCAUCUGCUAGUGCAGCUUCACUGUACUGAGAGACAAAAGCCAUGCUUCUUCAUAGUGGCAUAUAAACCUUCCAUAACCAUGGCAUGGCAAGACUCAAAGUCUAACCAUAAUUUCAGUCUGCCAUAUUUUUUUUAAACAUUUUUUUAUUUGUUAUAUUACUCUGAUAUUUCCCGUUUUGAGUUAUGAGCAUUUGGGUUUAAAGAAAUCUUGUAGCCUUAGCCCAUGCUAUAUACGAUCUGAUAUCUACUUCCAACUGUAUCAAGAACAUUUAAUUGUCUGCACUGUAAGUGAAAUGUCAAACUCGUGGACUUUGUCAGGCUUAUUUCGCUCUGAGGACCUUGUAAUUGUGUGGCUGAUAUUUCUCCCGCUGAUGGAUGCUGGAAAGAAGGAAAACGUGCCAAGAAAGGACCUGUUUCAUGGUUGUGCGGCAUUCCUCGAAUGCAGAGCAGACCUCUGAUAAAUCAUGUAAGAACUGCUGGAGUGGAUGGGAUGAUGAAGAUGGAACAUAGAUGUUAGCACAGAUACAGAAGAUGUGGUGUUUCAUGCCGCUGCUGUUUGUUUCAUGGACUCUGCUGUUUGAGAAAAUUGCCUGAAAAAAUGCAUUUUUUUUUCGAGCCAUGGAGUUACCUGUGAAAUGUCUGGAUUUGCUGUUCAUGAUGUGCAAAUGCAGUCACUGAGAAGUGGCAUUACGUUAGAGCCAGUAAUCAGUCAGCAGUAUUCCUUUCUUUGCAUUGCUUUUAUUUUAAAACUAAAAUGGAAAGAUUCAGUGGUUUUCGUAUCUUAAUUGUGAGCAUUUUUGGCUUUUAUUUGUUUUGAUUGUAGGUUGGACAAAACUAGUUAUUCUAAGACAUGGUCUUUUAGGUUUUCAGAAACUAUGAGCCAAUUUUAAGGAUUUUUUUGGACCAAUUAUUUGAGAACUUGAUUGCAUAGAGUUUUUUGUUCUCUGUGAAGGAGCUGUUUAACUGCAUUUGCACAGGAACAGUAAAUUGAUAUUUGUUUCUUUGUUGGGUUAAGACUUCCUAGUAGUAUUUCAUGAGAAAUCAUGUAAUGGAUGUUUUAUUAUGAAUGUUAGUCAUGCCGAAAUCCUACAACAGCACUUGUUAAACCAGUGAGUUCCUGUGAAAGACACUUGAGGGCAGUAUAACUCCACAUAUCCUCUCCUUUGCUGUUAUGUAGCUUUACACACAAGUUGAGCUGUGCCAGACCCAUGAAUACUAAUGUCAAUUGAUAAUAUUGGUAUGUAACAUUGCAAGAAACUGCCACUGCUGCAGAUUGUGCAUGGAGGGAUUUUAGAUCGUACACAGGGUUAGAAGAAAGAAAGAUCAGUGGCUUUACUGGUUAUCUGCAGGGCAUUUUAUGUUUUUUUUUUCAUAUUCCAAAAAAUAUAGAAAUUCUUGUAAGGACAUGAAACAAUUAUAAUAAUGUAAUCAGAUUUGAGCAGAGGGUUUUUUUCUGGUAUUGAUGUAGAGCCAAAAAAAUCGUAUGGCAAGUUUAGAAACGGUCAGUUCAACUUAAUGCGACUGUGAAUGUUGACAAAAAAGAUGACAACAAAGGGGCCGUCAAGGGGACAAAAUGCGCUUCAGUCCACAUUUUAUUUAGGAAUGUAAAAGACAAUUCCUUCUGCUCUAAAGAAAAGAAAUAUAUAUAUUUUUCAACAAAAAAAUAAGAUGAAAGUAUGGAAGGUAAAAGUAUCCAUAAAUACACAAUGAAAAAAUAAAUAAAAUCAAUGUUUGUUGUG